CGUCGGGCGACAUUUUCUGCACAGCAUCAUCAGCGCUGACGUGGGAGCUACGUGAGCGGAGGCGCAGCCGUGCACCCAUACUGUCACUAGUGACGAGUCAGACUACGUAAAACUCCGGUGAUUAUGGACACGUCAGCAUCGUCUCAGCUGGACAGCAGCUUAAAUGACUCGGUGGCAGAUGUGGAGGACAAUCCCAACGAAGCCAGUCCGUCUCCUGCUGCCUCCACUCAGGUUCUGAUGGAUGCAGAAUCGUCUGCUGUGGCUGUUGUGCAGCUGUCUGAUGGUCAGACCGUACCGGUCCAGGGAGUCAUCCAGGCGCCUCUCACGUCCGUCAUCCAGUCACCACAAGUCCAGACUGUCCAGAUCGCUACCGUGGCAGAGCUGGAGGAGGACGAGUCGGCUGCAGACACACAGAAGAGGCGGGAGAUUCUCUCCAGGCGUCCGUCGUAUCGGAAAAUUUUGAAUGAGUUAUCAUCGGAUACGCCAGCAGUUCCUAAAAUUGAUGAAGAGAGGAUGGAGGAUGAGGUGCCAGUGUCCAGCAGCCCCUCAGCUUCGGUGCCAAACUCCAUCUACCAGACCAGCUCAGGACAAUACAUCACCAUCUCUGAGGGGAGAGCGAUCCCACUCAGCAGCCCUGCAGUUGAAGCCCUGCAGGGGGCCCAGACCCUGACGGUGGCCAGCUCUACGACCCCCCAGCCCGGGGCCACGGUCCUGCAGGCCGGAGACUCCCCCCACCAGUUCUACAUCCAGGGAGGUCAGGUGCUCAUUCAAGCUGCCACAGGAGACAUUCCUGCCUACCAGCUGCGUUCACCCAACUCUGGCCUGGCUCAGAGCAUCGUGAUGGCCGCGUCGCCAAGCAGCAUGCAGAGUCCGCCAACGCAGCAUGCCGAGGAGAUCACCCGCAAGAGGGAGGUUCGGCUGAUGAAAAACCGGGAGGCAGCACGCGAGUGUCGCAGGAAAAAGAAAGAGUACGUUAAGUGUCUGGAAAACCGUGUGGCUGUACUGGAGAAUCAAAACAAGACCCUGAUUGAAGAGCUCAAAGCACUGAAGGACAUUUACUGCCACAAAGCCGAGUAGCAGCAGCUGCUCGUGGUACCGGGCUGAAGACAUUACACAGACUGCUACAAGCAUAACAAAAAAAAGAUAGAGACUCCAGAACAAAAACUGCUUUGAUCGUCUUUGUUUCUCUGCUCACUCAGGCCCAGGUCUUACGCCAAAUUCAGAGGUGUCAUGGGGAAUUCAAACCGUUCGAGCUUGCCAGUUUUGUGCUUGUUCUUAUCCUGUGCUCUUUGCAUGUGAAGACUCAAGUGUUGUACACACUGCGCUUGGUGUUGCUUUUGCACACGGCGCGAGAUCAGCCAACGAGAGCCGGUCCAAGAAAAUGAACCGGAAGAAGAGAUGCAGAUGCUUCCUGGAAAUGUUGCCGCUGUGAAUGCAGCGGCUGACGAAGCCAAGCGGGAAGAGAGGCCAGCCGGGUCGUGCAGCCAGCAGGUUCCUCCCAGCUCUGAAGAGGUGUUCACAAAGCCACACAGAUCCAUCACCAGCUGCAACAAGGCAACUCGAACCGCGUUUACCUGAUCGUACCAUGUGUGUAAAUUACGCUUCUGUUUUCGGUCUUUGCAUUCCCAUCAAAUCGCACUUAAGAAGAAAUUCUCCCAGUAAAGCAACGUCCUGGAUUUCACCAUUUUUAAUUAGUUAAGUUCUUCACUUGAAAAGAAGAAGAUGAAACUACCUUGUUUUUAUGUACAGAAUAUAAAAACACUUUCAGGCUGCAAUGGAAGGACAUUAUUUACAUUAAAAGUCCAUUCACAAAUAAUAUAAUUUUUUUUAUUUUAAAGUGACUUUAUAAUAGCAUCUGAAGUGAAAGAGCAUUGGUUUAUUAAAAGCACAGAAGAGUUACACAGAUGCCAAUUAGAUUUAUUUAAAUAAUUUCUCACAAAUUUAUUUAUUUAUAUUCUAUAUAUGUAAAUGUUACAUAUAAAAUGACAAAAGUCUUAUUCUGUAUUUAAGAAUCUUAAGUUUCAACACAUUUUCCGGUCAUGGACGGCCCCCGCCUGCAGCUGUCCCGCUUUACUGUAAAGCGAGCAUCCCAUGGUUGAAAAAUCUGCUUUAGCUUAGAAAGGAGAAGAAAAAAAACCCACCCUCACAAACCGUAUUUGAUUACUUGGUAUGGAACUGCUCUGUUUAAAGGGUGAUGCCAUUUUCUUAACUCUGUUUUUGUAAAAACAUUUUAUUUUGAAUAUAUAAAGAAAAUGCAUCUUGUUCUCAUGUUUGCGCCGACUUUAGAAACCGCUUACUUUCUCUGUUUUCUUUGAUGUAGUGAUGGAGUUUGUUCCUGUGGUUAUGUUCUAUUAACGUAUGUUUUCUCUGACGCAUGUAGAAGAUGCACUUUGGCUGCCAAACCUCUCCUAGUAACAGUAAGGUAUUGAUCCACUGUUAAACUCAACUACAGUACGAGCCACCCACUGAUAGUCCCGAUAUUUAUCAGCCAAAUACUUGUCUUGGUCUGUAUUUUCAUUUGAGUGCUCAUUCUGAUAAAUAUGAUAAAGUCAAGUAACGAUAAAUUCCAGGCUUUCUUUAAAUGUGAGAUUAUUCUGCGCUUACUUUUUUGCUGUUUUUAAGCAAUUCCAACCCCCUUCCCCCUUCUUUGUUCUCCUCUGUGUACUUUCUCAUUUGAAUUGUACAACUAUUUUUGUUUAUCAAAUAAAAUGUUAAAAU